CAGCUAAGGAAAAGGGGGGAAAAAAUGGCGGACUGUUGUUUGGCGACCCCCGUGUUCGACCCCAAAUGGGGUCCCGAUCCACAGGUUGAGAACCAGUGUUCUACACUCACACCUGACCCACUGAUGUCCUACACCCUCCAAUGACCCUGAACUGAAGUAACCUUUGUGAUUCAAACCAGAGUCAGCCACAGCAAGGUGAGGCGUGAGGUUUUCAUCUGCUUUCUUUGCAAGGUAUUUUUUUUUCCCCCUAUUAGGAAAGUGAUUACAUUCUCAGCUGUGGUGUAGGACGGUCAGUUUCGGGACAAAGUCCAAACCUUACCCCCUCAAACUCUUAACCCACCCAGUUCCUCUCCCAACCAUCACCCCUUUGGCGUCCCAGGAUUAAAAGCCGGGGGCGCCCUCUUGCAGGAGCCUCCUGUUUGCCCAGCUCAGCAGGAAGCAGCCCUCAGGAUGGCGGAGGAGCCGAGCGGAGUUGGGCGAGAAGAGUCCCAGGAGGGAGAACGGCUCCGUUCCCCGCAGUCCCCAAAAUCUGGCGGAAACCCUUCCGGGGAGGGAGGCGCGUCUGCCCGGCUGCAGCUGCGCGGCUGGCCUGGGAAGGCGGAGCGCGGAUCCUCCUCCUGCGCGCCUCUCUUUUGGGGAUCGCGGGCUCGGUCCUCAAGGGCCGGCGCGGGGGAAACUCCGCCCUGGCAAGGAUCCGACCAGCCCCUGCGACUCAUCCUUGCCCCUUGAUGAGACGCUUCCAAAAGGGCCAGGACUUUUGAAGAAGCGUCUUUGGGGGGGAAAAAACAACCCCUCUGGAAUACAAGGUGGAGAGGUCCGGAAACCUUUGAGUUAAAUGGCUGCUGAACUGCCCAUGGGAAAGGAGGUUGAUUCCUCUCCGGAGCUGCUGUUUGGGGGAGUCACUCAGGAGGAUCCACUUCAGAAGAGAAUAUCAGAGAUAAGAGCGCCAUCGAUGGAAUCUUCCGGAAUAUCUCUUGUCUUUGGUGGAAGAAUAGCAACACUUGGGCUUCCAAGGAAGAAUGCCAUUUCCUUUGAAGACGUAGCUGUGUUUUUCCUCUGUGGAGGAAUGGACCCUGCUGGAUUUGGAGCAAAAAACCCUGUAUCGAAAGGUCAUGCUGGACAACGCAAGGAACGUGGCCUCUUUAAGUGAUGGAUGGCAGAUACAUCAUUCUGGCCAAGAGGCAGUAGCACCUUUUCCAAACGUCAGAAAGGAAGUUAUAGAAAGAAUGUUUGGAAACGAAAAUUCUGAGGAAAACCAGUUAAAAGGGAAGCUGGGAAAAUGUUCCCCUUCUCAUUUUGCAGAUGUCAGUGUCUUCUUGGCUGAAGGUGACCACCAAGAAAAAGGAGCGUGUCCACAGUGUGGAAAAGUACUCAGAGAUGAGUUGGAAUUAUGUGACUGUUCCAGAAGCCACACGGUAGAAAAACAAAAUAGAAGCAGGAAAUGCUUCAGAAGAACCAUUCCUCUUACUUUAUGUCACAGAAUACAAGCUGGAGAAGAAUCAUAUAAAUGCCCAGAUUGUGGAAAAAGCUUCAGAGACUCAAGUCAUCUUACUUCCCAUAAAAGGAGCCACACAGGAGAAAAACCAUAUGAAUGCAAGGAAUGUGGAAAGAGAUUCCAAUUUGCCACAAGCCUAAUUUCUCAUAAUAGGACUCACACAGGGGAGAAACCAUAUGAAUGCCAAGAUUGUGGAAAAUGCUUCACUCUCUCAGGUUCCCUCACUCAGCAUAAAUGGAUCCACACCGGAGAGAAACCAUAUAAAUGCCAGGAGUGUGGAAACAGCUUCACUAGUUCAGGAUCCCUCACUCGCCACAAAAAGAUCCACACAGGAGAGAAACCGUAUCAGUGCAAGAACUGCGGAAAGAGCUUCAGGCAAAAAAUUCAUUACAUUGUACACAACAGAAUCCACACUGGGAAGAAACCACAUAAAUGUCAGGAGUGCGGAAAGCGUUUCAGUUCUUCAAGAAAUCUUACUUCGCAUAAAAGGAUCCACACUGGGGAGAAACCAUAUAAAUGCCAGGAGUGUGGAAAGAGCUUCAACAAUUCUCAGAUCCUUACUGAUCAUAACAGGAUCCACACAGGAGAAAAACCAUAUAAGUGUAUGGAGUGUGGAAAGAGAUUCCGUUCUGCAAAACCCCUUACUUACCAUGUAAGGAUCCACACAGGGGAGAAACCAUAUAAAUGCCAGGAGUGUGGAAAAUGCUUCACUAUGUCGGGUUCCCUCACUUCUCAUAAAAGGAUCCAUAGCGGGGGAAAACCAUAUAAAUGCUUAGAGUGUGGAAAGAGCUUCAGAGACUUAAGUUAUCUUAUUUCCCACAAAAGGAUCCAUACAGGAGAAAAACCAUAUGAAUGCCAGGAAUGUAAAAAGAGUUUCCAUUUUGCUAGAAGCCUUAUUUCCCAUAAUAGGAUUCACACAGGUGAGAAACCAUAUAAAUGCCAGAAUUGUGGAAAGUGUUUCACAGCUUCAAGUUUUCUGGCUUCCCAUAAAAGUUUCCACACCGAGGAGAAACCAAAGAAAUGUACGGAGUACGGGAAAAGUUUAAUAACCAGUAGUGUGCUUUAUCAACACAGGUGGAUCCACACGGGGGAGAUCUAUAAAUGCAAUGAAUGUGGGAAAUGCUUCUCUAAUUCAAGCUCCCUUCUUUCCCAUACAAGGAUCCACGCGGGGGAAAAACGAUACAAAUGCACCAAGUGUGAAAAAUGCUUCAUUAAUUCAAGUACCUUGACUUCCCAUAAAAGAAUCCACACAGGGGAGAAACCAUAUAAAUGCAUGGAAUGUGAAAAGAGUUUCACAAGCAGCAGUCAUCUUAGUCGUCACAAGAGAAUCCACACAGGGGAGAAACCACAUAAAUGCAGUGAAUGUGGAAAAAGCUUUAUACAAAGUAAUGCACUUAAUAAACAUAGAAAGAUUCACUCGGGGGAGAACUCAACUGGAGAAAAACCAUAUAAAUGCCUGGAGUGUGGAAAGAGCUUCAGAGACUCAAGUUAUCUUACUUCCCAUAAAAGGAUCCACACAGGAGAAAAACCAUAUGAAUGCAAGGAAUGUGGAAAGCGAUUCCAUUUUGCCACAAGCCUAACUUCUCAUAAUAGGAUUCACACAGGUGAGAAACCAUACGAAUGCCUGGAUUGUGGAAAACGCUUCACAAUCUCAGGUUCCCUCAUUUACCAUAAAAGGAUCCACACUGGAGAGAAACCGUAUAAAUGCCAAGAGUGUGGAAAAUGCUUUACUAUGUCAGGUUCCCUCACUUCUCAUAAAAGAAUCCAUACUGGAGAAAAGCCGUAUCGGUGUCAGGAGUGUGGAAAGAGUUUCAGAUCUUCAGGUUUCCUUACUUCUCACAAAAGGUUCCACAGCGAGGAGAAACCGUAUAAAUGUAUAGAGUGCGGAAAGUGCUUCACCAAUUCAGGUUCCCUCACCUGCCAUAAAAGGAUCCACACAGGGGAGAAACCAUAUCAUUGCAAGAACUGCGGAAAGAGCUUCAGACAAAAAUAUCAUUAUACUGUACAUAAUAGAAUCCACACUGGGGAGAAGCCAUAUAAAUGUCUGGAAUGUGAAAAGAGUUUCCGUUCUGCAAAACACCUUAUUUCCCAUAAAAGAAUCCACACGGGGGAGAAGCCAUAUAAAUGCCAAGAGUGUGGAAAGAGCUUCAAUGAUUCUCAGGACCUUACUGCUCAUCACAGGAUCCACACAGGAGAGAAACCAUAUAAGUGUAUGGAGUGUGGAAAGAGCUUCCGUUCUGCAAAACAUCUAACUUAUCAUAAAAGGAUCCACACAGGAGAGAAACCCCAUAAGUGUUUCGAGUGUGGAAAGAGCUUCCGUUCUGCAAAACACCUUACUUACCAUACAAGGAUCCACACAGGGGAGAAACCGUAUAAAUGCCAGGAGUGUGGAAAAUGCUUCACUAUGCCGGGUUCUCUCACUUCCCAUAAAAGGAUUCAUAGCGGGGAAAAACCAUACAAAUGCCAGGAUUGCGGAAAGAGUUUCAUAGGUUCAAGUUUUCUGACUUCCCAUAAAAGGUUCCACAGCGAGGAGAAGCCAUAUAAAUGCGCUGAGUGUGGAAAGUGCUUCACUUAUUCAGGUUCUCUCACGUCCCACAAAAGGAUCCACACGGGGGAAAAACCAUACGAGUGCAAGGAAUGUGGAAAGAACUUCAGUCAAAAAUAUAAUUAUACUGUACAUAACAGAAUUCACACAGGGGAGAAACCGUAUCAAUGCACCGAGUGUGGAAAGAGCUUCCGCAAGAGUGUCAAUCUUGCUUCCCAUAAAAGGAUACACACCGGGGAGAAACCUUAUAAGUGUACGGAGUGUGGAAAAGGUUUCAUAAGCAGCAGUACGCUUAGUCACCACAGAAGGAUCCACACAGGGCAGAAAGCACACAAAUGCAAUGAAUGUGAAAAAUGCUUCUCUAAUUCAAGUUCCCUUCUUUCCCAUACAAGGAUCCACACGGGGGAAAAGCGAUACAAAUGCACCGAGUGUGAAAAAUGCUUCACCAAUUCAAGCUCCCUAACUUCCCAUAAAAGAAUCCACACAGGGGAGAAACCAUACAAAUGCAUGGAAUGUGAAAAGAGUUUCACAACCAGCAGUCAUCUUAGUCGUCACAGGAGGAUCCACACUGGGGAGAAACCGUAUAAAUGCAGUGAGUGUGGAAAAUACUUCAGACAAAUUAGUGCACUUAAUACACAUAGAAAGAUACAUUCGGGGGAGAGAUCAGGUAAGCGUUUAGACUGUGGAAAGACUUUCUGUAAUAGCAGAAACUUCAUAUGAUCCUAUUUUAAAACCACAUCAGUGUAUGGAAUGUGGAAAAGGCUAUAGUUAGCACCAAUCUACUUCUGAUACAGAGAGAAACUGUAUAGGUGUGUUAAUUGUGGAGUUUCUGUGAUAGCAGAAUUGUUCCUUCUCAGAAAUGCACCCAUACUGGAGAGAAUCCAUAUAAAUGCCUGGAGCGCGGAAAGAGGUUCAGAAGGAGCAGUUGCCACAAGAGAAUCCACACUGGUGAGAAAUCAUAAAUAUAUGAUGUGUGGAGAGGGAUUUGGUCAAAAUCAGUUCCCUUACGGGCACAGGAAAAUUAAUUCACGAAAAACCCAUAAACUUAAUAAUAAUAGAACCCCAUACAUGAAUUAUUUGACAAAAAUUUUGGAGACAAUAGGUAGUCUGCAAUUAGUGCAAUAGGGACUGUCAACUCCAUCAUUAAACAACAUUGUCACCAAGUGAAGGAUCAUGGGUCUGUGCUGGACUGCUGUCACUCAUUCCACUGGUGGUUAAGCAAAUAACUGCAGAUUAAGCACACAUCACAAGACCUUGGCUUUCAAUUUCCUGCCAGCGUCCCAUUAACUUUGCUUCUCAGAAGCUGGCUGUGAAGCUGGCUGCAUUUGACCACAAGAAUAGUGUAACUCCUUGUCGAUGAACUUUUUCAACAUUGUCAUUACUUUGAACAGUUGCUGAACAAGGCAUUUGGCAAGACAGAACGACUUGCACAACACUCAUGCUACCCCUGUUGUUGUACAGGCUGCUCAGUACAAGGGCUGUGGUGUAGUUACUCUUCCUCGCUUUCUUGGGAUGAAGAAACCACUAUGCUGGUUCCAAGGCAACUUUGGCUUUGCUGUCAUCAUGUAACUUACCGAAUAAAGAUGAUCUUUUGAUUCUUUCUUUCAUUCUUUCUUCUUUCUUGGCUUUGCUGUCAUCAGCUUACUGAAUAAAGAUGAUCUUUUGAUUCUUUCCUGUU